AUGUCAUUGGCCACAAACUCCUAUGUCGCAGGCGUGGGAGCCGACCCAACUUUCCCGCAUUUGUUUGCCCAUGCAGAACGAAAGGACGUGACACCGCGAUUGGGCACCGAGCUCCGGAACAUUCAGCUGGCCCAGCUGACGGACGAACAAGUCGAAGAACUGGCUUUGUUCAUCUCCCAGCGCGGCUGUGUCUUCUUCCGGGACCAAGAGCUCAGCGAGGACCAACAUGUCCAGCUGGCCGAACGAUUCGGCGGUGCCAUCGACCACGUCCAUGCAGUAGGAACACAUCCUUCGUUGAUCAGGCUGCAUGCAGAUGAAAACAGCCACGCUGUGUCGGGUGAGGCAUGGCACAGUGACAUGUGCGAGGAGGCCAUUCCGCCGGCCUUUUCCAUUCUCAUGAUCGAGCGAACACCGCCCUCUGGAGGGGACACCAUGUUUGCCAACAUGUACGCGGCUUUCGACAAACUGUCGCCUCACAUCAAGAAGACUCUGAGCGGAUUGACUGCGCAGAACCGCAGGCCAGUCACCACGCUCAGGAAGGAGGCUGUCGACCGAAGCCAAGUGAACUCUCACCCCUUGAUCAGAACACACCCUGUCACCGGCUGGCAAAUGCUCUUCGCCAACCCCGUCUUCACCACGCACAUCGACGGCCUGACCGUGCCAGAGUCCCAGGCCCUGCUCAAGUUCCUCGAGACCCACGUGGACAAGGGAGUCGACUUCCAGAUUCGCUUCCACUGGGAGCCCAACAGCGUCGCCAUCUGGGACAACCGUGCCGUCCAACACCAGGCGGUGUGGGACUACUGGCCGAGCGUCCGCGAUGGAAGAAGAGUCGCGGUCAAGGGUGACCAGCCCUUUUACAGAACUGAGGGUGGGUCGCAGACGGAGGCGAUGAUGGGAAGCAAGGCGCCGCCUUCAUGGAACAGACUCAAAGACUGGCGCAUCUCGUAA